ACCAAUAGAAACAACGAUGCUCCACCCAUCAGACGCCUGUUUCCCCCACCCCCAAAAACGCUUCGGCGCCGAAGGGCGUGUCCAGGCAGUGGGGCGGGACAGAGCGCCCGGCUCACGACGUCCAAUGAGGAUGCAGGAAUUGUGCUUGGGCGGGGCCAGGUGCGUGUUUGCAGCGGAGGCGCGGGCUGCGGGAAAAUGGCCGCUCGGCCGCGGCGGCACCGUUUGCGAUCUGCAAAGCUUCCGCGGGGUGACUUUUGUGACGGCGCUAAGAAGACAACUGACGAAUCUUGUACGACUUCUAUGGAGUGGGACACGCAGGUAGUGAACGGAUCCUCGCCGCUUGGCCCCGCGGGCCUGGGUGCGGAGAAGCUGCCAUCCGGCCCGCGGCUGCCGUCGUGGCUGCAGCCCGAGAGGUGCGCCGUGUUCCAAUGCGCACAGUGCCACGCCGUGCUCGCUGACUCUGUGCACCUCGCCUGGGACCUGUCGCGGUCCCUCGGAGCCGUGGUCUUCUCCAGAGUCACAAAUAACGUGGUUUUGGACGCUCCCUUUCUAGUUGGCAUUGAAGGUUUGCUCAAAGGCAGCACUUACAACCUUUUAUUCUGUAAUUCCUGUGGUGUUCCCAUUGGUUUCCAUUUGUAUUCUACCCAUGCUGCUCUGGCUGCCUUGAGAGGUCACUUUUGCCUUUCCAGUGAUGAAAUGGUAUGCUAUCUCUUAAAAACAAAAGCCAUAGUAAAUGCAUCUGAGAUGGAUAUUGACAACUUGUCUCUACCAGAAAAGGUUGCAGAGCUGAAAGAGAAGAUAAUGUUAACACAUACUCGUUUAUAUUCACUGAUGAAGAUUCUGAAGGAAGGAACUCCUGACCAGCCCAAGCCAGAAAACUGAUCCAGGAUUAAAGCUUAACUAGGUUCAGGUCUUAUUGCUGUCUUCAUCAACAGGAGUUCUCAAGGAAGAAAGAUUGGCUAAGAAGAGAUGUGAACUCUAUUCUCACCUUGAGGCUGAUUUUCCAAAUGAUUUGUGAAGCUUUGUCUAGAAAAUGAGAAACAAAGGAAACCCCUACCCAGGUUUCAUAGCUAUUUGCCUUAAGAACUUAUUUUAGCUUAUCAAUUUCAUAAAUGUUUGUUUCUGAAUACAUAUUUUACUGCAAAUGUAGGUUAAGAGGCAGUGUCCUGCAAAUGGUCUGAUAUAAAGAUGCACGGCUGUUAUGAAAACAGAGUUGUAUUUCAUGUUGACUACUUUAUUCCUACAUGGAGCAGUUGUGAUAAUGAAGACAGAAAACAUUUUCUUUCUUACAUGCAAUAUAGGUACAAACAUACUCUGUAGGUAAUAUUCAGUAAGUUAACUGGAAAAUAUACAAUUUAUCUUUCUCUUUUUAUUUCUAAACUGAGCCUACCCAGGUAAUAAUGAGAGAAAUGAUAAAACAUUCACCAAAAUGCUGUUUUUUUCAUAUUUUGCUUUAUAUACCACUUACACUCAGUACCUUGUCAUAUUAUUCAUUUAAUAAAAGUCUACUAACUUUGGGGAUAAAAGGUAAGCAAAAAGAGCCACUCUCUAUCUGCACAGAGCUUUUAAUCUCAUUAGAGGUGGACGUUUAAAUAACCACAUGAAUACAUGUGAAAUUAUUACUAUAGUAAAGGUUUUGAAGAAAAGAGACCUAGAGCUACCAGCACAUGAAGCAGCUACCGGACCCCUGGGGUUGGAAAGGCUGCUCUGAGGAAGUGGGAUUUCAGCAGUGGUCUGAAAGACUAGGAGUUAAUUAGGGAAUGGAGGGGGACCCAUGGAGAAGCCCUUAAAAGAAGGCCUGCAGGAGGUGAACUAGUGGCCAGAAACCAGAGGGUACAAGGACUUAUUGGAUGAUGUUGUUGUUGAAGAUUUUAUCGAUUUAUUCAUGAGAGACAUAGACACAGGCAGAGGGAGAAGCAGGCUCCCUAUGUGGAGCUGGAUGCAGGACUCCAUCUGGGACCCCCCAGAUCACACCCUGAGCUGAAGGCAGAUGCUCCUCUGCUGAGCCAUUCAGAUGCCCCCCUGGAUGUUUGUUUUUAUCCCAAGAACAAUGGAAGCCUUGGUUUCACUUUUGUAGAACCUUGCUAUGGUUAGUGUCUUGUGGAGAAGGGGUUUAUAGGGGCAGAAAAGCAAGCAGACUACUGAGGGGCUGGCAAGAGCCCAAUCCAGACAAGAAACAGCCAAGUGGUGGUGUCUAGAAAAGUUGACUUGGUUCAGAUGUAGCUGGCAGCCAUUUUUAAAGUUCUUUCCAUUCUUUCUACUUUAUAUUGCAUAAAGCCAUUUCCCUUUAAAAAUAUUUUAAACAAGAAAAUUCUGAUUUGCUCUAUGCUUUUGAGUUGCAAAAUUUGAUUCCAUAAAUAAGGGUGAAAUCUUUGGCAACAACUAGUACCAGAGGGAACCUGAGUGGCUCAGUGGUUAAGUGUCUCCCUUCGACUCGGGUGAUCUCAGGGUCCUGGGAUCGAGUCCUGCAUCGGGCUCCCUAUAGGGAGCCUGCUUCUCCCUCUGCCUAUGUCUCUGUUUCUGUGUCUAUCAUGAAUAAAUAAAUAAAUAAAAUCUUAAAAAGAAAAAAAUACUAGAAAAACGCGUAUUUUCUAAAUGGACCUAAUAAAUCAAUACUAUAUUAAAUCA